AUCUUAAAAGGAGAUCUAGAAAUGAAAAGGCAAAUGAUGGGUAAGCUGAAGUCACUCAGCCGAGAGCUCCUUAUAGCUGUGAAAAAUAAAGCAGUGGCUCAAAAGCUUGAAAGUCGUCUCGAAAAUGUUGCCCAGCGCUGGGAUAACCUUGUGCAGAAGGUGGAGAGCAAUUCGAAACAGAUUUCACAGGCUGCCACUACCACUCAGACAUCACUAACAGAGACAACUGUAAUGGAAACUGUAACUAUGGUGACCACAAGAGAACAAAUCCUGGUUAAGCAUGCUAAAGAGGAACUCCCACCACCUCCACCCCACAAAAAGAGGCAACUCCUUGUGGAUUCAGAAAUUAGGAAGAGGUUUGACUCGGAUACAACAGAGCUCCAUAGCUGGAUGACCCGCUCAGAAGCAGUGCUUCAGAGUCCCGAGUUUGCAAUAUAUCGAAAGGAAGGCAAUCUCUCAGAUCUCAGAGAAAGAGUCAAUGCCAUCCAGCGAGAAAAGCCUGAGAAGUACAGAAAACUGCAAGAUGCCAGCAGAUCAGCUGAGGCCCUGGUGGAACAGAUGGUGAAUGAGGGUCUGAAUGCUGACAACAUUAGACAAGCCUCAGAGCAGCUGAAGAGCCGCUGGAUUGAGUUCUGUCAGUUGCUGAGUGAAAGACUGGCAUGGCUGGAGUACCAAAAUAACAUCAUUGACUUCUACUCCCAGCUGCAGCAACUGGAGCAGACAGCAAUUAUUGCAGAAAACUGGCUGAAAGCACAACCCACACCAGCAACAGAUCCUGCCACAGUAAAAACUCAGUUGGAAAAAUGCAAGGACGAAAUCAUCCGAAUGUCAACCCUUCAGCCUCAAAUUGAACGGUUAAAGGCUCAAAGUCAAGCGCUCAGAGAGAAAGAACAAGGGCCAGUGUUUCUGGAUGUUGACCUUGCUGCUUUUACCAGCCAUUUCAAACAAAUUCUUGCUGACAUGCAGGCCAGAGAAAAGCAGCUACAGACCAUUUUUGACAGUUUGCCUCCUGCACACUACAAAGAGACAAUGAACACUGUACUUGUGUGGAUCCAGCAGUCAGAAACUAAACUCUCCGUGCCUCAGGUUGCAGUUGCUGAAUAUGAAAUCAUGGAGCAGAGACUCAGGGAGCUCAAGGCCCUACAAAGUUCUCUGCAAGAGCAGCAAAAAGGCCUGAACUAUCUCAGCACAACUGUGGAAGACAUGUCCAGGAAAGCCCCUGCAGAAGUCAGCCAAAGAUAUCGAUCGGAAAUUGAGGUGAUCCUUGGCCGCUGGAAGAAAUUAUCAGCGCAGCUGGUGGAACAUUGCCAGAAACUUGAGGAGCUUAUGACCAAACUCCAGCGAUUCCAGAAUGACACUAAAACACUGAAGAAGUGGAUGGCUGAAGUGGAUGUUUUUCUGAAGGAAGAGUGGCCUGCCCUUGGUGAUUCAGAAGCACUAGAAAAGCAACUUGAGCAAUGUACAGCUUUAGUAAAUGAUAUCCAGACAAUCCAGCCCAGUUUGAACAGUGUUAAUGAGGUUGGGAAGAAAAUGAAGAGUGAAGCAGAGCCAGAAUUUGCUUCCAGAAUAGAGACAGAACUAAAGGAUCUCAAUGUUCAAUGGGAACACAUUUGCCAACAGGCCUAUGCUAAAAAGGCAGCAUUAAAAGGUGGUUUGGAUAAGACUGUGAGUCUCAGAAAAGAUUUGUCGGAGAUGCACGAAUGGAUAACACAAGCUGAGGAAGAAUAUCUGGAAAGAGAUUUUGAGUAUAAAACACCUGAUGAAUUACAGAGAGCUGUUGAGGAACUGAAGAGGGCAAAGGAAGAAGCCAUGCAGAAAGAAGUGAAAGUGAAGCUUAUUACUGAUUCUGUGAAUAAUUUCAUAGCAAAGGCUCCACCUGCAGCUCAUGAGGCUUUGAAAAAGGAGCUUGAUGUUCUAAUUACCAGCUACCAGCGACUCUGCAGCAGACUGAAUGGAAAGUGCAAAACUUUGGAGGAGGUAUGGGCAUGUUGGCGUGAAUUAUUGUCUUAUUUGGAUGCAGAAAAUAAAUGGUUGAAUGAGAUUGAACUGAAACUCAAGGCAACUGAAAAUAUCCAGGGAGGUGCAGAAGAGAUUUCUGAGUCUCUAGAUUCUUUGGAACGUUUAAUGAGACAUCCAGAAGAUAAUCGCAAUCAGAUUCGGGAAUUGGCUCAGACUUUAACUGAUGGUGGAAUCUUGGAUGAAUUGAUCAAUGAGAAACUUGAGAAGUUCAAUACUCGAUGGGAAGAACUUCAUGGAAGUGAAAACACUACAAUAAAAUUUAAGGAAGGGUCCUCAGCUGUUCUGAGCUUAAACUUGAAGGUUGGGGAGGCUGUGAGAAGACAAAAAAGUCUUGAACAGAGUAUUCAGUCUGCCCAGGAGACUGACAAAACCCUCCGCUUAAUCCAAGAGUCUCUUGCUGCUAUUGACAAACAGCUAACAACCUACAUAGCAGACAGAGUUGAUGCUGCACAGGUCCCUCAGGAAGCACAGAAAAUACAAUCUGAAUUAACAAGCCAUGAGGUUAGUUUGGAAGAAAUGAAGAAAAGAAACCGGGGUAAAGAUGCUGCCAAAAGAGUCCUUUCCCAAAUUGAUGUGGCACAGAAAAAGCUGCAGGAUGUCUCCAUGAAAUUUCGCUUGUUUCAGAAGCCAGCCAACUUUGAACAGCGCCUACAAGAAUGUAAAAGAAUUUUAGAUGAAGUGAAAUUGCAGGUGCCCAAGUUGGAGAUGAAGAGUGUUGAGCAGGAAGUAGUACAGUCACAGCUGGAUCAUUGCAUGAAAUUAUAUAAAAGCCUGAGUGAGGUGAAGUCUGAAGUGGAAACAGUGAUAAAAACUGGGAGGCAGAUUGUUCAAAAGCAGCAAACAGAGAACCCGAAAGAACUGGAUGAAAGACUUACAGCUUUGAAGUUGCAAUAUAAUGAAUUGGGUGCAAAGGUGACAGAAAAGAAGCAAGAGUUAGAGAAAUGCUUGAAAUUGUCCCGGAAGCUACGAAAAGAAAUUAAUGCUAUGACAGAGUGGCUUGCAGCGACAGAUGCAGAAUUGACAAAGAGAUCAGCUGUGCAGGGGAUGCCUAGCAAUUUGGAUGCUGAAAUUGCCUGGGGCAAGGCAACGCAGAAGGAGAUUGAGAAACGCCAGGUCCAUCUUAAGAGCAUCAGUGAUUUAGGAGAGAAUUUGAAGACAGUGCUGAAAGGAAAGGAGAGCCUGGUGGAGGAUAAACUCAGCCUCCUGAACAGUAAUUGGAUAGCAGUAACUUCACGUGCUGAGGAAUGGUUCAAUCUGUUACUGGAAUAUCAAAAGCACAUGGAGGCUUUUGAUCAGAAUGUAGCUAAUGUCACAACUUGGAUGUAUCGUGCUGAAAUACUGUUGGAUGAAUCUGAUAAACAAAAGCCCCAGCAAAAAGAGGAAAUUCUUAAGCGCUUAAAGGCUGAGCUGAGUGAUAUGCAUCCAAAGGUGGACUCUGUGCGUGACCAGGCAGUAGACUUGAUGACAAACCACGGAGAUCACUGCAGGAAAAUAAUAGAGCCUAAACUGUCAGAGCUCAACCAGCGAUUUGCAACUAUAUCGCAAAGAAUUAAGAGUGGAAAGCCCUUCAUUCCUUUGAAGGAAUUGGAGCAAUUUGACUUCGAUAUACAAAAAUUGCUUGAACCACUGGAGGUUGAAAUUCAGCAGGGGGUGAAUCUGAAAGAGGAGGACUUCAAUAAAGAUAUGAGAGAAGACGAUGAGAGCACAGUGAAAGAAUUGCUGCAAAGGGGCGACACGCUUCAAAAGAGAAUCACAGAUGAGAGAAAACGGGAGGAAAUAAAGAUAAAACAGCAGCUGUUGCAGACUAAACAUAAUGCUCUCAAGGACUUGAGAUCUCAAAGAAGAAAAAAGGCUUUAGAGAUUUCUCAUCAAUGGUAUCAGUACAAGAGGCAGGCUGAUGACCUAAUGACAUGGCUGGAUGACAUUGAGAAAAAGUUAGCCAGUCUACCAGACCACAAAGAUGAGCAGAAACUAAAGGAGAUUGAUGGAGAAUUGGAGAAGAAGAAGGAAGAUCUGAAUGCGGUGCACAGGCAGGCUGAACGCUUGUCUAAGGAUGGGGCUGCAAAAGCAGUGGAGCCAACCCUGAUACAGCUCAGCAAGCGCUGGCAAGAUUUUGAGAGCAAAUUUGCUCAGUUUCGAAGACUCAACUAUGCAGAAAUUAUUACUAUGGUUUAUAUUAAACUUGAUGGAUGUAAUCAGUUGCAAAUCGUUUAUAUUGGCAUGGAGCUAGAGCAGGCUUCUCGUUGCCUUGUAAAUGAGUCUUUUCUUAUAAUGAAUAUAUUUGUUCCUUUG